GACAAAAGCUGACGUAGAAAACAAAAUUAGGGAAUUGAAACUCGGGAUCACUCCCUACAUCCUCAGAAAUACGCCCCUUCGACUUAUCAAAAUCUCCGACGUUCCUCUGGACAACAAUCCAAGGACGACGACAUCCUCCAUGGACGGUACAGAAAUUGUACACCGAAAACUACCGCCGCCACCUGACAAAAAUCCAAACGCGUCGGAACUCGUGACCUUGGACAUCAUCUACAAGACCCUCUGCCCAGAUAUCACACCCGAGCGCCUCUCUCACACCCCCGAUGAUCAGCUUCUCUUCUUCUGGUGUGAACGUGCUUACCUUUAUCUGGUAAAGCCUUCCCACCGCGAGUCACCUAUCAUCGUAGAGGACGAGAAAGGAUCCAUCAUGCCUCUAGGGUUCAUUCAUCAACCCUCGGUUGUGGAUAAUUUGGACGGAAAAUGGGAGGGACCUAAACGCACCUGGGAAGUUGAACGAAUGAAGGCCGAAUUCAUUGCGAUUUCCAGUUUACCUGACAAAUAUCCUGGUAAUCGUUUAUGGCGAAAGAAACUGAACGUGUCUCUUGUAUUGUUCCUAGUCAAGAGGCGGGAGGGCAUUGCGUAUAGGGUCGCUAUGCUCGACUAUGUUCCCAUGCGGAGGUGGCUGAAGUGUAAACGGGAGAGGAUCCUUGUUGCUUUGGGGUAGGACAUAUUACAUUCUUUCAGCCUUUUCUCUCCUUUUCUGUUCAUCAUUUCUUUAUUCACUUUCAACCUCUUAACUUUCAUUAAGGCUACGUACUACAACUCCAGAGAUACUCUAGAGGUACUUCCGUACAU